GCUUCUCUACUGCUUGUUGAUCCUUGUUGUCAUUGUUAACAAUAUAUUCCCUGCCCGCAACCUCAAUUCUUUGUGCACCAACAGCACAGGACAGGACUUCUGGACGUCGCUUUCCUUACCUUCAUUUGGCUCAUCGAGUUGUUGAGGUUUCCUGUCUUGGCUGACUCGAUCCCGCGUCCAAUUAACGAUCGAAAUAGCUCCCAAGCUUCGCAGGACGACGCGUCCGAUACAACACCCCGACUCGCCAGCCAUAUAGCCGGCGACGAAGCCCUUUGCUCGGAACAUGGCUUCGAUAGUUGAGUUGGCAGGCGAAGCCAACCCGCUGACGCCCCAUAACGUGCUCAAUGCACUGGUUCUCGCGGCGAGCUCAACCCAGCAGCAGGUGCAGACGGGUACCCAACAACUCCAGAAUUGGGAAAAGCAGGAGCUUUACUACACAUAUCUUCAGGAUGUUUUUCUAGACCAAUCUGUCCCAUCGGAAGUCCGAUACCUCUCCAUAAUUCAGCUGAAGAACGGCAUCGACAAGUAUUGGCGAAAGACCGCUACCAAUGCCAUCAAGAAGGAGGAGAAGGAACAUAUUAAGCUGAGGGCGCUCCAAGCGGGUGUCGUUGAACCUGCUCCUUUGCUUGCCCUUCACAAUGCCUUGAUGCUGGCUAAGAUCAUGCGUUAUGAGUUUCCCCAAGACUGGCCUGACGGAAUCUCCUCGAUUAUUGCCUUCCUUCGCUCCGCCACCCAGCCUGGCGCCAAUCCGUUACAACUUCCCCGCACCCUUGUCAUAUUGCUGCAGAUUAUCAAGGAGCUGUCGACAGCUCGUUUACAACGGACCCGUGCCAAUCUCCAGUCGGUGGCGCCUGAGGUAUUCCAUCUACUUGGUGGCAUAUACGUGGAUAAAGUGAAUACCUGGGCAGCGUGGUUAGAGCAGGGUGGCGCCGAUGAGACGACUUUGCUGGAGACAAUAGAACAGAGCCUUGUGUCUCUUAAAGUUAUUCGACGCCUGGUUAUUGCUGGUUUUGAGCACCCUAAUCGGGAUAAGGACGUUCGAGAAUUCUGGGUCCUGACACAUUCCCAUUUCAGUAGGUUCCUGGGCUUUGUCAAUGGCCCGGCAGCCGCUUCAGAGCAGUUGAGAAGGGCUGUUGAAAAGCAUCUUUUGCAACUCUCCAAGCUCCAUGUAGAGAUGGCCAAGGACCGCCCGGCCUCUUUUGCACUUUUACCCGACAGUAUCCGUCUUGUUCAAGCUUAUUGGACCCUGGUCACACAACUGGGUGAGAAAUACAGUGAGCUCGGAGCUGACGGAGAAUCAGAGGGCAAGUCAUUAAUGGAGAAGACCGGGCUCAGAGCACUCCUCCUUAUCAGAGCCUGCUCAAAAAUGGCUUUCAAUGCUGCUCAGACAUUCAAAUACCAGACACCACAGGACAAGGAAGAGAAGAAACAAUCGGUCGAGCUCAUCAAAGCGGAACUAUUCACCGAAGAUUUUGUCGUUAGCGUUAUGGAACUCCUAGUCACCCAAUUUUUCCGAUUCAGAAAGAACGACUUUCAAGAAUGGGAAGAAGACCCAGAAGAAUGGGAGAGAAAAGAAGAGGAUAUUUCCGAUGCUUGGGAGUUCUCCAUACGGUCCUGCUCGGAGAAGCUCUUCCUCGACCUUGUCAUCCACUUCAAAGAGUUGCUCAUUCCCCGUUUACUGCACGUCUUCUACGGGUUUGCAAGCCCCGAAAACCGCGAUGUGCUCUUAAAGGAUUCACUUUACUCGGCCAUUGGGCUUUCUGCAGCAAGUCUAGAGCAACACCUAGACUUCAACAAUUUCCUCCAGGGGACUCUCGUGCCGGAAGUUCAGCUUCAGGAGCAAGGCUAUAACCUUCUUCGAAGAAGAAUCGCUAUUCUGCUUGGCCAGUGGGUUCCAGUCAAGUCGAGCGAGCUCAACAGAGACGCGGUGUACCAGAUAUUCCAACAUCUUCUCAGUCGGAAGGAUCCAUUGAAUGAUCUGGUUGUGCGCAUUAGCGCUGGUAGACAGCUGAAGAACGUGCUUGACCCUUUCGAAUUCUCACCCACUGAAUUCCUGCCAUACGCUCCGACUAUUCUUCAAGACUUGAUGUCUCUUGUUCAAGAAGUGGAGCUGUCAGAGACCCGGAUGGGUCUUCUUGAUACUGUUCGCAUGGCGGUGGUUAAGAUGGAAGAUCAUAUUGCUCCCUUCUCGGAUCAAAUCCUGUCAUUGCUGCCGCCUCUUUGGGAGAGUUCCGGAGAAGAACAUUUGAUGAAGCAGGCCAUUCUCACCCUUCUCUCAUCCCUCAUCCAUUCUCUCAAACAAGAUUCAGUCCGGUACCACUCGCUUAUCUUGCCUCUAAUCCAAAACUCCGUCGAGCCAGGCUCUGAAACUCUCAUCUAUCUUCUCGACGAAGCUCUCGACCUUUGGGCUGCGAUACUCAUGCAGACGCCCUCUCCGGCCUCUCCGGAGAUUUUGUCUCUUAUCCCCGCCCUAAUGCCCAUACUAGAGGCGGCCACGGACAGUGCUCCUCAGGCGCUUCAAAUUGUCGAAUCUUACAUUUUACUCGCCCCCCAGGAGAUUCUCAGUGAUCGUAUCCGCUUCCCACUCCUCGUCUCGCUCGAGACGCUUCUGAAAGUCACCACUCGCCAGCGGCUAGGUGUCGUACCGCGCCUCGUGGAGCUGAUGCUCCGCGGCGCCGAAACGGUGGACGGUGGCAGUGAGAGCACCUACAACGUGAUCACCCGUUCCCUCCUCGACAGUUCUUUCCUCCCUGCUAUCCUCGAGGGACUCCACUCUGCCUACGAUGCUAGUCAAACGACAGGACCUAACCGCAAGCAAACCUCAGUCUACGGAGUCGUUGAGACAGAUUAUUUCUCCGUCCUUGCGCGUCUCGCUAUUGCCCAUCCGAGGAUCUUCACUUCCGCCGUGGCCUCUGCCACCAACAGUUCUGAGGAACAGGCUCUGGCCUGGAUUCUGACGGAGUGGUUCCUCCACUACGAUAACAUUGGCAGCAGCACGCAAAAGAAACUUCAUGCCCUCGCCCUCACUCAACUUCUCACUCUUAACGGACCCGACUCUCAGCCUCCAGCUUACCUUCUCAACAAUCUCCAGUCCUACAUAACCAUGUGGACCGACAUCGUAACCGAGCUCUCCGAAGACGCCAGUGGCGCGAACCCCGACGACCCUCGCGGCAACGACUACCUCAUUUACUGGAACAAUGCCCAAACGGCUGCAAAUGACGAGCACGAACCGCCGGAGAACGAGCGUCGUCGCGCAUGGGAUGACAUGGACAUCCUGCACAAGGUCAACAUUCGGGACUUUAUCCGCGAGCGACUCCAUUCGGUUAUUGUCGGCUGCGGAGGCGAGCAGCGCUUCCAGGAGGACUGGCUGCUGAACGUUGAUCGUGAGGUCGUUGCGGCUUUUGGGGCCCUUGGGCUUCUCUAGAAAGGACUCUCCUCCGCCUGCCUCUGCUGUCCGUUCAGACCCCCUUUCAAGUCUUCCUUAUAGCCCCCGGCCAAUCAUGUGACUCAUUGUCUGCAUAUGCCUGCCUGUCUGUCUGCUACUGCAUUUCAUUCCCAUGCAUCCCAGAUGCCCUGCUUGCUUGCAUGUUUUCCGGGCCAUUACUACAUUCAUUAUCCAACCCAUGUCCCAGACUGUCUCCCUCAGCUUUCAGUUUCCAGCCCCUUGUGUCUGUGUUGCAUUCUGCUCUGUUGACUUUAACUUUUACCUAAAAUACCCCUCAUACAUAUAGAUAAG